AUGUCUGCUCCAAGCCCAGCUAAACGUGAUGUUCUAAUUUCAAAGGCAUUGUCAUAUCUUCUUCGUCAUGGAGCCGAAAAGGAAAAAUUGGAUAUUGACGAUCAAGGUUAUGUUAAGAUCUCACAACUUCUAAACCACCAACGCUUGAAAACUAACAAAGUUACUCGAGAUGACCUCGUGCAUAUAGUUCACAGCAACGAUAAAAAGAGAUUCACCAUCAAUGAGGAAGGCGAUGCUAUAUGUGCAAACCAAGGACACUCGUUAAAGAAAGUCUCUAAUCCUAAUCUAGAUCCCAUGACGCUAGACGAGCUCAUUGGAUUAAAUAUUUAUCAUGGAACAUAUAAAAAUAAAUUACCCAAAAUGAAAGAAAGUGGAGGAUUAAGUCGCAUGAAUCGAAAUCAUAUCCACUUCACCUGUAGGGCCUAUCACACGUUGUCAGGUACACGACAUAAUGCCAAUGUGUUGGUUUACGUUGACGUUGAAAAAUGUGUUGCGAACGGUAUUCAAUUUUUUAAAAGUUUGAACAAUGUAAUUUUAACAGAGGGCGAUUCUAAUGGUCAAAUUCCCUGGGAGUUUGUUUCAAAGAUUGUCGGCAUCGACGGAAAUGAAUUGGACAAGAAUGACAUAUAA